UCCCUGCAAACUCUUCAAUCCUAGAUAUCAUUUUCAUAUAUCAGGUAAUCCUUAAUUUCUCGUCUCCUCAACAACCUCGACAUUAUCAAAAAAUUCCAUAAUGAGAUUUAAAUUACGCCGGCGAGUGCAACUCAAUUGAGCGACACUCAAAAUCGCCCCACAGUUGAGUGCGACAUACCCACAUUGAGCGGGGCUCGAAGGUAUAAAAGCUGGAGCAGCCCAGACCACAGUCAACAGUUUCCUCCGAGCGAGCAUUCAGUCCUCACACAAUCUAUCACAGAAGCCAAAAAAAAUAAGAUUCACCAUGAAGAACGCUGUUGCUAUUCUGCUGUGCGCCCUGCUGGGUCUGGCCUCUGCCUCCGACUACAAGCUGCGCACCGCCGAGGAUCUGCAGAGCGCGCGCAAGGAGUGUGCCGCCAGCAGCAAGGUGACCGAGGCCCUGAUCGCCAAGUACAAGACCUUCGACUAUCCCGACGAUGACAUCACCCGCAACUACAUCCAGUGCAUCUUCGUCAAAUUCGACCUGUUCGAUGAGGCCAAGGGCUUCAAGGUGGAGAACCUGGUGGCGCAACUGGGCCAGGGCAAGGAGGACAAGGCCGCGCUGAAGGCCGACAUCGAGAAGUGCGCCGACAAGAACGAGCAGAAGUCGCCCGCCAACGAAUGGGCCUUCCGUGGCUUCAAGUGUUUCCUUGGCAAGAACCUGCCCCUCGUGCAGGCCGCCGUCCAGAAGAACUAGGAGUUCAGCGCAGUUCCACAUCAAUUCUAGAAGCGAAAGAUCAAUCAACACGCAAGCAACGCGGCAUUUUCGAGUUGAAAUCCGCUCAGGCUCUGCAAUCCUACGAUUGAAAUAAAACCAUAUAAUAGUGCUUUUGAAUGAAGAAUGUUCUUUUUAUUAUUCACAAUAUUUCUGAGGGCUGGAAGAGAGGUAGGGCUGCUGGUGGUGGCAGGAAUCAAGCUGUUACUCGCAUCCUCAAUCCCAAAAAACCUUGUCCCGCCCAAAGGAAAGGCAUUGAUAGCUUAUUUAAUUCGAUUAUAUUUGUCUUCAUCUUUUUCGCUUUAGUAAAUUCAACUUCUUU